CAGGAACAUCAUACAAUAGCAAAAAAAAAAUGAAGGCACUUGUUAGCUAAAGUUUCCAGUUCUUUUAUUAUCAUCCUUACUGACCUUGCUAUAUAGUAAUUAAGUUUUGAAUUGCAAUCCACAACUACAAAUGUGGCCGCAUAUUGGCGACGUGGUCAUCUCCGCAAUUGCAGUGUGUAUUUAAAAUAUUUUUCAAGAAAUAUUCACGCCGCAAUACCCAUCCCAAGACAAAUAAUGUCUGCAAUCGCAACAUCUGCAAUCGCUACCGCAUCCACUAGCAGAACCACAAUUUAAAAUCACGCUCCUGCAAAUUUAUUCAAUCUAAUUUAUUGAAUUAUUUAUUGCAGAUAUUCGAAUGGGAAAUAGCGCUCUCGGUGGAAGUUUAUGCAAUGGCAUGAAUUUUCCAUGCCAAUUAAAGUUAGGAAGGCAUGUGGCUAUUAAAGUAAUAAAGAAAAAAGAGAGUAAGUUAGAAGAAGAAGAUGAAGAAGAAGAUGAAGAUGAAGAUGAAGAAGAAGAUGAAGAUGAAGACGAAGAUGAAGAUACCGAUGAAGAUGAAGAUGUAGAUGAUGAGAAAAAGAUAGAAGAUGAAGAUAAAAAUGAGAUACCAAAUAACUUAACUAAGGUAACAUACACAGUAAGUGAUUGGUCAAAAUGUGAACUGGAGUAUAGGGAGAGUAAUAAUUGCAACAUUGCAUCAUUCAAUCUACGUGAUUAUAAUAAAAACUUAGAUAUCCGUAAUCAUUUUACAAUUAGAAAAGUUGAACCUAAUUACCUUGAAACAUCUGACUUCGAGCCCAAGUUCGAGUAUUCAAGGGGAGACUUUGAAGUUACGAGACUCAAAUCAACUUUUGACUGGAGCAGGUCCGGUAAUGAAUGGCGUGGUUUUACUGAAUCGAGUUUUCUCUUUUAUCACACCGAAGGUACAAAUAGAGGUCUCGUUGUCGUGGAGCGAAAGAAAAAGAGUAAAGAUGAAAAGCCGUUUAUGGUGACUGUGGCACACUACUAUUUUAUUCAUGAUUUUUAUGUAAAUCUUUUUAAGAUUGAUAUUGGCCUUUCGGUUAUAGUAAAGGUUGAAUCAAUAAAAAAUGAGGGUUUGUAUUCUACGUUGGAAGGUCCGACACAACAUCCCGCUUCAGCAUUAAUUUAUAUGAUGGAAGAAGUAAGAAGAACUGGAAUUUGGAAGCCUUCAACUUGUCCUCAUUGUGCCACUCUUGAAGAGCAGCAAUCUUCAAGAGCAAAAGGGUCAUUUAGUCGAAGGGCUAUUAAUAAUGACGGAACUUUUAACGGUAAUGGUAGCGGCAAUAUGAUCCAGGGAGACUUUAACCAAUUUACUAUAUAUAGAAAAUAAUACUAAAAUGAAAUAAUAAACUGCUAAGGGUAGCACAAGAAAAAUAAAAAGUAUUUUGAAAAUAUAAUAAUGUUUUGAAGAAUAUGUUUCUUUUGUAGAAUUAUGGACAAUAAGAGAUUUAAUAAUCCACUCCAUCAUUAUGUUCAAGCAUAAUAUGAGUAAAGACUGCCUAGUGUAUUUGAUCUUC